CUGAAGCUCAAAAGAAAAAGGUAAAAUCCAAUCUGACAAACCACCAUUUAUGAAAGAUGGCUUGCAAUCUGCAAGUGUGGCGACCUUUCGUUCUAGUCCAUUCUGUAUGUUUACGAAAAUAUAUUCGUCAGUUAAGCGGCACUAUUGUAAGAACUGCUACCACAUUCAACAUACCGAAGGCAGAUAUAGAAUGCGCAGCAGACCAAAUUAUAAGGCAAAAAACAAUUAAUGAUAUUCCGGGUCCUUACAAAAUGCCGUUAAUAGGAUCAGCAUGGUUGUAUUUUCACAUCAAAUCGCCGACACAAAUACCGAAACUGAAUGAAUUUCUUCAUAAAAACUUUGGUGAUAUUGUAGCUGAAAAGUUACCAGGAAAUAAAAAUAUCGUACAUUUAUAUCGACCCGAAGAUUUUGAGGUUGUUUACCGCAACGAAGGGCCUUACCCAAUUCGAGGAGUUUUUCCUUUGCUAUGUACAUACAACAACAAGUACAACAAUGGUAUAUACGGACUCUCAUCAUCGGAAGGAAAAUAUUGGAAACAUACGCGAAGUGCUGUUCAGAAGAAACUCUUUCGAUUAGAAUAUACACAUAGCUUAUUCAAAGAGCACCAAAUACUGGCAGACGAAUUAUUACAGUUACUCGAUUCCAAAAAGGACGACGAAGGUGUGGUCACAGAUCUGAACAAAAUUCUGGAGCGAUAUACAUUAGAAGGUAUAGCUACAACAUGCUUUAAAGAAAGACUAGACGAGGACUGGAGGGAUAUGAACGAAAAUCAGAUGGGUAUCCAAUAUCUUCAGAUAUUAAAGAAAUCUAACCUCCAAAUCAUGAAAAGUCUGCUGUCUUUCCCGCUCUAUAUGUACUUCGAAACGCCUUUAUUUAAAGAAUUUUCAAACCUCACGCAACAGCUCGACAGAUUCAUCGAAAAUAAAAUGUUAGUCGAAGUUGAAAAGUUCACAAAACGACAGUGUCCGCACCACACAAAUACGAAAAUGGAAGAGGAAAGCGGUUGUCCACAUGCAGCUGGGAAGGCAUUUUUAGAAAAUGGUUUGCUUUGCCAGUUAUUACAAGAAAACCGACUGAACAAACAGGAAAUAACGACCAUCAUCAAAGACAUCAUUGCAUCAUCAGUUUUCACAUUAAGAAGCUUGUUGUCGUUUGUCUUAUACGCGUUAACACAACAUCCAGAAGCACAAGAAACGUUACGAGAAGAAAUUCGCAGACUUAUAUUUAACGAACAUACUAACGACAUAACGCAAACCACACUCGCAAAGAUGCCAUAUUUAAAAGCAUUUGUGAAAGAAACAUUAAGGUACUACCCAGUUAUUCCAGGAAACUUCAGACAGUUGUACAAGGAUAUAAACAUUCGUGGAUAUACAAUUCCGAAAGGGACAUACGUAAAAAUGCAUCAUAUAUGGCCGGCAAUGAGCGACGAAUACUUUGAAAAUGCAACAGAAUUUAAACCAAAUAGAUGGAUAAGAGAUUCGGAAGAAAGGGAAAUCACCCAUCCGUUCACUGUAAUGCAAUUCGGCUUCGGGCCGAGAAGUUGUUUGGGAAAACGACUUGCACUCACAGAAACUUAUUUAUUCAUUAUUAAAAUUUUAUCGAAAUAUUCCGUACAAUAUCCGACAGAUUCUUUCGAAAUUGUUUCCGAAUUACAACACCAUCCACCUACAGACAUGAAGUUCAAAUUUAUUGAUUGUCCAAUUGAUUCAACAUCUUAAUUUCUACGAAUAUUUUUUAUCUAUUUAUUUGGAACUUUCUUUUAGUUUCCUUUUAUGUUUUUCAUUUUUUUUUGUUUCCUCAAACAAAAUGAUCGUUAAUCAAUUUAACUUUCAUCAUAUCUGUGAUAUUAGUGUGAGAAAGGUGUGUAUAUGUGUGUGUGUGUGUGUGUAUACAUACAUACAUACAUACAUACAUACAUACAUACAUACAUACAUACUUAUAUAUAUAUACAU